AUGGAUGUUCGUUUUCCGCCCUACUUCUUCACAAUGCCACAUCUACUCUACAACUCUUGGUAGGUUUUAAAGUGAAAUUCCUUUCGAUCUUCCUCUAACUUCAGGCUGACUCUUCAUCACAAUCUUCCGAAGCCAGCAGAUCUAUCGGCCAUCACUGCUGCAGCUGUCAAACCGGUUCAGAAGGCGGUGAAGAAGACGUCGGUGACAGAAGCAAAGAUUGCUGUGGUGGCUGAGUUGGUGAAACCGAAAGAAGUUGAGGAUCAGAAGGAUCAGAAGAAGGCGGGAGAAGUUGGAGAAGUAGCAACUGAGGACAAUGAUGUGAGUAUAGAUUAUGCCCACGGUACCGGGUUCAGAUCACCAGUGCAUCGAGUACUGUUCUCUCCAGGCAAUGUAUCUCAGCUGCCGCUAGAGAUAUCAAAAAGUUGUCAACUACCAAAAUAUAGACCAUUUCUUGGGAAGCAUUUCAUAAGCUGACAACUUUUUAAUAUCUCUACCGGCACCUGAGGUAUACCCUCUUGAAUGAACCCUGACCUUUUAGUGAAGUUUUUGCGGAAUUCAGCCUAACUUUCAUAGUUUUCCAAAAAGCCCGUUUUUUCGGUCUCCUCCGAAUGCCGCCGCUUUUCAGACAUCGGCUCUUCUCAAGCUCAAGCGUCGCGUCGUCUGCGAGAUCUGCUCCAAGUCAUUCUGUGACAAGGGAGCCCUCAAGAUCCACACGUCGGCGGUCCAUUUGCGGGAGAUGCACACGUGCUCCGUGGCCGGAUGCGGGAAGCAGUUCAGCAGUCGUCGCAGUCGGAAUCGUCACAGCUCAAAUAACAAUCCGAAGCUGCACUUGCCCGAGUCGAUGAGCCUGAGCACUGCGAAGCCAACAAGUUUGGAAGCGUUCUGGCCGGCGAGAUUCUUGCUAGGCAAGGAGCAUCCGCUGGAUUUGUCAUUAAAUGUUUGA